UGGCGAAAGGUUGGUAUGAUUACUGGUGUCGAAUCCUCUGAAAUCCGCCAACUCUAGACGUAAUCGAAGUCCCAAGAUGGGUCGACUUAAGAAAUAAAACAUGUGUUGUUGUUUUGCGGGGUGUAUGUUUCGUGAAUAUUGUCGUUAUGUGAAGAAUCUGACCAAAAGUUUCGGCGAGGUCCCGGUAGUGUUUUUAGAGCUGCAAGAUGGGUGCGUACAAGUAUGUACAAGAAUUAUGGCGGAAGAAGCAGUCGGACGUCAUGCGGUUUCUUCUUCGUGUCCGCUGCUGGCAGUACCGUAACCUGUCUGCCAUCCAUCGCGCGCCCCGCCCCACACGGCCAGAGAAGGCCCACAGACUGGGAUAUAAGGCAAAGCAAGGGUAUGUGAUCUAUCGCAUACGUCUCCGCCGUGGUGGCCGCAAGAAGCCCGUGCCCAAGGGUGCCACGUACGGAAAGCCUGUCCACCAGGGUGUCAACCAGAUGAAGUUUGCCAGGAAUCUACGAUCUGUCGCUGAGGAGAGAGUUGGCCGUGCCUGUGGUGCCCUGCGUGUGAUGAACAGCUACUGGGUGGGCCAGGACUCAACCUAUAAAUUCUUUGAGGUCAUCUUGGUGGAUCCAUUCCAUAAGGCUGUGCGUCACGACCCAGAAGUACAAUGGAUCUGCAAGCCGGUCAUGAAGCACCGCGAGCUACGCGGUCUGACGUCGGCCGGCAAGAGCUCCCGCGGCCUGGGCAAGGGUCACCUGCACCACAAGACGAAGGGCGGAUCCUGGAGGGCGUCCUGGAAGCGGCGCAACACCCUGUCGCUCCGCCGAUACCGCUAGAAUUGAACACCAACCAGAUUGUAUUAUCUGUAACAUUUUGGGUGAACUAUUAAAGAAGCACCUUCCUACAGAA